GUUAUAACAUUCAUUACAUGUGAGCAUUAAUACUAAGAUUUGAUCAAGAUGGCAACUAGAUGCUUAAGCUUUGUAACAUUAGUUAUUACUACAAGCAUCUUAGUGUUAGGAAUUUCUGGUCAAUUUGAAUGUGGUGGUGACUUGAAUGGAAUUGUAUAUCAUUGUAAACCUUUUGUGAAAAAGGAAGGGCCAUAUGUUCCACCAUCAAAGGAAUGUUGUACAGCAUUGAAUGGAGCUAAUGCCUUAUGUUACUGCCAAUAUGUCACUCCUAAACUUGAGCGUAAUAUCAGCAUUGAAAAAGCUUUGAAUAUCGCUGGAUAUUGCAAUUGCCAAGAUAUUCCUACGGACAAGUGUGGAAGUUAUACUAUUCCUCAUCCUCCUUCUCUAAAGGCUUGAUGCAAAAAAUUGGGGGCGCAUGGAACUUAUAUAUAUGAAUAAAAUAAAACAUGUGUCUUUAUAAUUACUUAUUCAUGUAUUUUUAUGAGUUCAAUGAUGUAAUCUCAGUGCUACAUAAUUGCUUUGAGGAAUAA